CUGAAGCAUUUUCCUUCCCUCUUGGCAGACCCUGCCUGUAAGAACCGGCCUCUCGACCUCCUCUUCAUCGUAGACAGCUCCCGCAGCGUGCGCCCCGAGGAGUUUGAGAAAGUGAAACUCUUCCUGUCAGAAAUGAUCGAUACCCUGGAUGUCGGUGAAAGAACGACACGCGUGGCUGUCGUGAACUACGCCAGCACCGUCAGGGUGGAGUUUCCCCUCCGGACCCACUUCGACAGAGUCUCUCUGAAGGAGGCUGUGUCCCACAUUGCGCCCUUGUCUGCUGGCACCAUGACCGGCCUUGCCAUCCGAACUGCCAUGGAAGAAGUCUUCACCGAGGAAAUGGGCGCCCGGCCAGCAACCUUCAGCAUCCCCAGGGUGGUCAUUGUGGUGACGGACGGGCGGCCGCAGGACCAGGUCCAAGGUGUGGCGGCGAGCGCGCGGACGGCCGGCAUCGAGAUCUACGCGGUCGGCGUGGGCCGGGCGGACGUGCAGUCCCUGAGGAUGAUGGCCAGCGAGCCCCUGGAUGAACACGUCUUCUAUGUGGAGACCUACGGCGUGAUCGAAAAGCUGACAUCCAGAUUCAGGGAGACUUUCUGUGCUGUGGACCCAUGUGCACCUGGGAGGCACGAGUGUGACCAGAUCUGUGUGAGUAACAACAGAUCCUAUGUCUGUGACUGCUAUGAAGGCUACACCUUGAAUCCAGACAAGACGACUUGCUCAGCCAUGGACAUGUGUGCACCUGGGAGGCAUGACUGUGCCCAAGUCUGUCUGAGUAAUGAUGGAUCCUACAGCUGUGGCUGCUAUGAGGGAUACACUCUGAAUCCAGACAAGAAGACCUGCUCAGGAGCCAUAACAAGCAGUCUUGUAACUGCUGAAGAGUCCUGUAAGUGUGAAGCCAUAGCUGCCCUCCAGGACUCAGUGACCUCACGCCUUGAAGCUCUGUCCACAAAAUUAGACGAAGUGUCUGAGAAGCUGCAGGCAUAUCAAGACAGACAGCAGAUUGUCUGAGCAAUCAUUUUGCUUUAUUUUAAAAUAAUCUUUCAGAAUCAAGCCUUUUUAUUGUUUUCAGGAAUCUUUAUUUCAUUGCACAGCUUACAAAACAGCAGUGGUUAAUUAUUAUCACUGACAAACAUGGAGAAGACUUCAGGAAGACAAAAGUCUUGAAAAUACAGUGACACUAAGGAUCUUCAUGUACAGUCACUUUAUAGCCAUGAAGCUACUGAUUCAUAGCUGCUGUGCUUCAGUUUCUACUGCAGAUACUGCUUUUCUGUAGUAACUGCAUUUUUUAUUCUCUUACUUCAAAGUAAAUACAGGAAAAAAAAGAAUGGAUACAGUAUAUCACAUUAUAUAAAACUUUGAAAUGGCAAGGCAGAAUGAAAAAAUGUGCCUGUAUCUUCUGUCAAUAAAUGGGAGAGUUGGGAUCUUGUAACUUAUUUUAAUAAAAUAUAACACGAUAUGCACAUUGAUGUUGGAAGUUAUUUUGUAUUCAACCUAAAGGAUAUG